AAUGAACUUUUUCCCCUAUAAUUUUUUACAGGUUUUCUCUUUUAUCCAGAGUAAUUAGUUGAAGACUUGUUUUUUAUAGCAAUCAAAAUGCAGUUCUUUUAUGCUACCUUGUGCUUGCUGGCAACAUCUUUAUUAAUACAAAUGCACUCAGUGCUCUCAGCAGGUGUUCCUGUUCUAGCUCUUUUGCCAACCCCUGUUGUAGACAAAGGAGUUCCUCGCACUGCUCCUCCUGAGAAUGAAAUUCACAGUUCCCAGUAUGCCACUCCAGUGUAUAAAGAUUACUACUCAAAGACGGCUGUGGUCAUAACGCCUGUGGUGAGCACCGUGCUGUACCAGGAGAUGCUGUACGAGACACCUCUGAACGAGACCUGGGAGCGCAGCACCGUCCUUUACUCAACAGUGCGCAACACAACCCUGGGGGUGUCGACCCCAGCCUUUGUGCCCACUGUUCUCCCCUCCAGAACCUACGAGACAUACGAGUGGCCCACUGAGACGCAGAUCUAUACCACUGCAAUCAAUGCCACCACAACCAGAGUUGUGGAAAAUACAAUUUUGUUCCCUUAGCUUUUACUGUUUACAUUUGGAUGAUUCAUGGACUGAAUGGCAAUUUAGUCCCCAAAAUAUUUUUGUAAUGCCACUUUGACAGUGUCAAGCUUAGGGUUAAGUUAUUAUGUCUUAAUGUAUUGAAAUGUGACUAGCAAUAAUUUGUAUUUUACUACUUUAACUUUUAACUUUAGUGAAGUCACAUGUUUCCGCGGUUGCCAUCCGCUGUCAUUCUUUCUCUGUAGCUGUCAUUCCCUGCUGAUAAAGAUGUCUCACGGUCAGUCUGGCCGUAGGUUGUUUUAUAAAGACCGUACUUCUGAUUAGUGGGGUCGUCAUCAUCAUUGAUGAUGUUACUCCAAGCUCAUUGCCGUGCUUCUGCUGUUAGUAAUCGUGACCGUGCCGCUACUGAAGAUGAUUUUGACCAUACAUUACUGAUGACCGUACCGAUGAUUUCUUGCACAAUGCUCUCUUGAAUGUGCAGAUUGCCGCCUUAUUGAUCCUUGAAGGCCUUGUUGUCUCUCGUGUUGUCUUACGGCUAAGUCACAGAUGUAACAAUGAUGUUGGCCAAACAAGUAUGGCCAAGUUAAGUCACUACUUGAUCUCUGACCUUAUAACGGAAUAGUAAAGGUAAGAACGACUCGAAGUUUUGCGUGGCUGUUAUUUCUGAUCACUCCGUCUCCUGCGUCUGCGGAGAUAGCUGCAGACCGUACUGGCGUGACGGUCACCCCAAAGGAUCAACUUUUGGCGCGAAUCUUAGGGUCCUUAUGUAGGCAGACGUCGUGCACACUUGAGCCUACCAACGGACGCUGCAUCAGUUUCGAGUUCCGCAAAGGUCAGCCCUUCCAAUACCCUCGGCCAUUCCUAACUAUAAAAAAAUUUGUUCACAUGGUUUUCUACCCCAACUUUGUGGUCAUGUAACAUCCUGCUUAUAAUUGCUCGAUGUCGCUUAGCCCUUUCUCACAACUUUACGCAAGCAAUAUUCAAUAUAAACUAUAAACAAAAGUCAGAAUUGCUCACGCUUCAUUUGAAAUUCACUCGUAUGACUAUGGAUAAGCCUGGGCCGCAUUUUGCUGCAUGACAUUUUCAUUUUAAUAUUCCCAGAAAUCAUUCCAAAUAUUCCGGUGCCAAACCCAGAAAACUUAUGUGACACCAGCUCUUUCUAAAUAUUUAAAAAUUGUAGAAUCAAGGAUGAAAGAUUUUAAAGCAACAUAAAUUGACAUUACUUAAUUUUUGUGAGGUCUUGAGUACUUCAGUAGGAACGUUAUCCGUGUUUUUACAGUGGCUAAUCUACUUUUUUUCAGGCAAGCCUGGAAAUUGCAACCCUAUUUCAUUACAAAAAAUCAGCCAAAAACGAAGGCAUUAACUUGUUAAGCUUAUGGAAAAAAGAUGAUACAAAUGCCUAUUGUUUUCUUUUUAAAGCUGUAAUAUGGCGUGCAUUUUAUUCGUUAGUGCUAAUUGUUUCA